AUGUCUGAAUCCAAUGCAACAGCUAGGUCUGCUUCUAGGCAUACGAUCGGCUCAGAAGACAGUUUCCACACGGCCAAUACUGAGCCACCGUACGAGCUCAAAGACCUUCCUGAUCCGCCCUUGGGUACACUUGUCUGCGAGUUCCGAAGAUUGCUAGGGUGCGAAGCUACCUUUGACAACAACGAUGUGGAGGCAUGGAUCCGCCACAUCGAGGUCGAUCACUUGCAGGACCAACACCCAGAAGCUCUCGACUGCUGGUUCUGCAGCAUGUCGUUCCGGCUUGGCGAGAGUCAUCAUGAGAGCAAGUGGGCGGACAAAGAAGGCCUGUUCAGAGUUCGCAUGGAGCACAUCUACUCGCAGCAUCUCGAGGCGCCCACCAUCUCCCUCUGCCGAGACAUGAAGAUGGAUUACUUGAUGGUCUCCCACCUCUAUCUGUGUGGAAUAAUUGACGAGAAGAUCUGGGACGCUGCGACCAGGGCUCUCGAUGAAGAUGUGUCAGACUUUCAGACGGCUCCUGAGGAUCGCCCAAAGGUCAUUUAUAAGCAGGACAUCCUUGACGAACAGCACAGGUAUAUCUACAACCAAGAGAAGGAGGACCGAAUGCGCAGGCGGGCACGCACGAGCAAGUCGCCGUUUGGCUAUCGGGCGACCCGAAACGACAACCCGUCCAUGUGGAUGUACACACAACUUUCCACUGAAGAGAUGCGCUACCGGUUGCAAACUAUAGAGCGCUGGGCUAGAGCUCGCGGCUAUGAAAUCAUCGAUGAAAGUCACUCUCGGCCAAGGGCAGAGGAGCGGAGAGAGGAGGCAGACGUCAAGGGGAAGGGCAAAGAACUAUAG